AGAGACAAUUUGGUCUUCACCAAGUCACGAUGCUUAAAGUGUUACCAUUCCUCGUUGCGACGGCUCUAGCCGCGAGUUUUCCAGAACCAAGGAUCAAACAUCUUAAAUCUGACGAUGUCCUAGAGAUUUCAGUUGAAGAUGUCCCAGGAUUGAAAUGGAAACACGUGCAAUAUGUCGUUGACGAAACUCCCGUGGCCGGGGAUUUGUUUAAAUCAGCCGAGGGCAACUGGAAGCACAUUAAAACCCAUCGUGGUUCCCUGCGAGGACAGAAGGUCCACUACAAGAUGGUCGGUGAGAAGAAAGGGGAACCAGUUGUUGCCGCCGGUACCAUUGAGACUGAGGAUGAACGUGGCUUGGCGCUAGCUCCCCAAGACCGGCCCAGGCGCGCAAAGCAUCUUGUGCUCAGGGACGACUUCAACACCUUGGACCGAAACAAUUGGGACUUUGAGGUCUCCAUGUAUGGUGGAUAUAACUGGGAGAUCCAGGUCUACACCAACGAUGUAAAGAAUAUCUUCACGAGGAACGGACAUCUUUUCAUUAAGCCCACCCUGACGUCAGACUCGUACGGCGAAGCGUAUCUUCAUUCCGGAACCAUGGACGUAGCCAAGAUGUGGGGUUACUGCACAAACGCUGAUCGGUAUGGGUGUGUCCGACACGGGCGAGACGGACUCCUACCCCCUGUCAUGUCGGGAAAACUGAAGAGCAAAAAGACAGUUACAUUUGGGGAGGUGUGCGUCCGUGCCCGUGUCCCACAGGGAGACUGGAUUUGGCCAGCCAUUUGGAUGUUGCCAAGAGACAGCCACUACGGUGGAUGGCCGAGAUCCGGGGAAAUCGACCUUAUGGAAAGCAGAGGUAACAGUUUUGCCCGAGACGGGGCCGGCCAUGAUCACGGGCGGAAUCAGAUCGGGUCCACAAUGCAUUGGGGUCCGGACGCCGGACAGAAUAAAUUUUACCUUACACAUGGGGAUAGGGACGAUAGCACCUACUCAACCCAAAUGCACACAUACUGUGUGGACUGGACGCAAGAUCAUAUCACCGUCUCUGUUGAUGGACACCAAGUCAUGACGACUGGAGGAAACUUCUGGCAAAAAGGUGGCUUUAGUGGCGGCAACAUCUGGUCCAGUGGCAGCAAUAUGGCCCCUUUCGACCAGCCGUUCUACCUUAUACUAAAUGUGGCCAUCGGUGGCACGAACGGGUUCUUCCCCGACAACUGGUCGUAUAACACUCCGAAACCCUGGAACAACAACUCCCCGGCGGAGGGGGCAGACUUCUGGAACGCACGUCACAACUGGCAGCCGUCAUGGCAAGGCGACAACGUUGCCAUGGAAAUCGAUUAUAUAGAGAUGAAUCAAUACUAAUAUAGGUAAAUGUUAUACAAAGGAAGUAAUAAAGGACGUAUCUCAGA